AUGAAGAAAUCUUAUUUUUUGGUUCUCCUUCACUGUUCAUACAUAUUUGGGGUUACAUAUGAUUGGAAACCCGAUGAUGAUGAAGACGACGUGUAUAUUCCUAUGAAGAGGUAUCAGAACUGCACGAGAGAUACAGAUGUAAUAGAUAAAUUAUUAAAUGGAACUGGCUAUAAUAAGUUUCGCAUCCCAGAGGAUGAGGGAAUGACAGUAUUCGUCGAGAUUUGGAUUCAAGCCAUUACUUCAAUCGACGAGUUAACUAAUGAUUUCGAAAUGGACAUUUACAUUACGGAGAAGUGGCUUGAUCCUGCACUGAACUUUGAGAAGUUAUCUCCUUGCAAAGGAAACUUAUCUCUGAAUCAUCAGGUGUUGGAGAGACUAUGGACUCCAAAUAGUUGUUUUAUCAAUAGUAAAGUAGCAGAAAUCCAUGAUUCGCCUUUCCGAAGUGUGUUUCUAAUGCUUUUUCCUAACGGGACAGUCAUGGUCAAUUAUCGAGUGAGGGUGAAAGGACCAUGCUCUUUGGAGCUCAGUAAUUUUCCUCUGGAUCUACAGACGUGUGGACUGAUUUACGAGAGCUUUAACUACAAUCGUCAAGAAGUCAUGAUGAAGUGGGCAGAUAUCAGCGAGCCCGUUUACAAAGUUAACGAAAUCGUUCUCCCAGACUUUGAUUUGUUUAAAAUCAAAGCGAAAGCUGUUAGAGAACCUUACCCAGCUGGAAUGUGGGAUGAGCUACAUGUUACCUUGAUGUUCCGGAGAAGAUUUAUAUGGUAUUUCAUGCAAGCAUAUCUUCCAACCUACCUCACAAUCUUCAUAAGUUGGAUUUCUUUUUCUUUGGGACCUAAAGCUAUUCCUGCUCGAACCAUGUUGUGUGUGAACGCUUUACUAGCGAUGAUUUUUCAAUUUGGAAACAUCAUGAGAAACUUGCCAAGAGUUUCCUACAUAAAAGCCAUAGAUGUGUGGAUGUUAGUGUCAAUGACAUUCAUUUUCUGCAGUUUAUUAGAACUGGCUAUUAUCGGGUUCAAAGUUCGAGACGAACCUCCACCCAAAAAGAGCUCAAUGAAGAAACAAAAGACAAUACAACUUGAUGCUUCCGGAUCUCCGCAAGGAUUAGGGUUGUAUGAGAGAAGAUUCAUGUUUCCACCUGGCUGUGGAACCAGUAGUGGUCAGUCGACAGCGAAGAGCAAUUGGCCUCCUGAGCGAAUAGACGCCAUCUCCAGUGUGAUGUUUCCUCUCUCAUUCUUCAUUUUCAAUAUUGUCUACUGGUCUUAUUACAUUAAUCGGAAGAACCAAAUUUGGACCCAACUCAAAUCAUAUUGA